AGUAAAUCCCAGUGGGAUCCGGAGUGACGUCUACACACAAGCCACUCGAGUUAGCCCUGUUGACCAGCCCUUCUCUCCCUCACGUUUUAUAGGAGCAUGUUUCUGCCUCGGAGUAUUAAAAGAAAGGAGCCGAGCUUGGCUGAGUACACAACUUCCAUUGCCAGGCGGAGAAAAGAGCAGAACGGCUCUUCCCUCUCCCGACGUUGUCUGCUGGGACUUUCAGCACCAAGGACAGCGGAGCGGCUCCUUCGCCUUCUACCAUUGGGGACUCCUGAAAACUUGCCUGCUCUCCACAUCCAAGGACCUACCGCACGGAAGAGGCAACCCCUGAUUUUUGAGCUGAAGUUAUGGAGCACAGAACCAUCUUCCACCUUAUGGUGACCCUCACCUUAUUCAGCGUUUUCUACCUCCGGGCACUUGCAUUGCCACCUUUAGGCUCUUAUUCUAACAGCAGACUAGGGAACAGAUUGCCGUAUGAAGGAGCAAAUGAACCAGACCAGACACAGGUGUCUUUAAAACAAGACAUGGAAAUGUUGCAGAAUACACUACCAGACAAUGACAAGUUUUUUCUGGACAUGACCCAGGGUGUUGGCAGGACAUCUAGGCAUGCUGAUGGACUCUUUACAAGUGGUUACAGCAAACUUUUGGGUCAGCUUUCUGCUAGACGAUACUUAGAAUCUCUAAUUGGCAAAAGAGUCAGCAAUAGUGUUGUGGAAGAUCCAGCUCCAGUAAAACGUCACUCAGAUGCAGUCUUUACUGAUAACUACAGCCGCUUUCGGAAGCAGAUGGCAGUAAAGAAGUACUUAAACUCAGUUCUUACUGGAAAGAGAAGUCAAGAAGACAUUAACCCUGCAAGUCUUCGAGAAGAUAAUGAUCUAAGUCAAGCACCAUUCUCAGAAAACUACGAUGAUGCCACCAUGGAUGAACUCUUAAACCAUCUGCCAUUGAAUCUUUGAGGAAGACCAUUUGGUUGUUUUAUCAGAAGAACAAGUUUACUAUAUUUUUGAGUUUCACAUAGUAUUUCAAGAAGAUAACUUCUGUAUUCAAACCAAAACAAAUAUGUUGUGAGGUGAAAAUUGUGGCAAAUAUGUUUCUUAUAAUAAAAAAGUUGAUGUUUACACUGUAAAUAUUACCUUAGAGAUCUCUAUUUAGAGCUGUAAAUAGAUAUGCAAGAACUCAUGGAAAACCUGUUAUUUCAUAUGCUUUUAAACCUUUAUUUCAAUAAACGCAUUUAAAAGACGAA